AGUGAACUACAUCGAUCCCAUGAUCCAUUCCCCAGGCCAUUUGUACCGCUCGGUCUGCCAAAUGCUUCCCGAUCAGCGACGCCAAAGUGAAUAUACUUUCUUUCAGUUUCUCUCCAAUGAACAUAUUGACAACUUCACAAUGAAUUUUCCCCCAGUCCUCGGUAAGCUUCAUCAGAUUCCACGUCCAUCUAGAAUUCAUUGCCGCUUCAUUACUUUGCUUUCUUAUAGCCGCAUGCGUUCACAUGAGAACCUCCAUCAAGUCUUUCCCUCUCAUACACGAGCGCUUCCCCCACCAAUUCCCCAUGCAACGCGGCCCCCCCAUCUCCCUACAUGUCUCUACUCCCACCUCACCCUCUAAUGUCUCAGCCUUCUCGUCCUCCACCACGUCCUCCGCCCAUGCCUGUUCCACAAUUUGUUUCAGACCCUGGCCUUCCAUCCGGCGCUCGGCAGUCAUUCAGGAAUAAUCAUGGUCAUGGUCAUGGUCAGACCCACACUCAAGUUCAGUCUCACAGACAGGGGCAUCAUCACCAUUCUCAUUCGACUUCUGCCGUACCUCAAACCAUUCGCCGCACCGCCUCGCAGCAGCAGCUCGGUUUCGCACCAACCGCUCAGCCUCCGUCCCACCCACCUCAGCGCACAAGCAGUUCCCACAACGUGCAGCACUCACGUUCUACACAACAUCUACGUCCGCCGACGCCUCACGGUAAUGGUCACCGAUCGCGCGUAAACUCGGCAAGCAGCGCACAUAGGCCUAUCGUUCCUCCUCAGCAGCAGGUGCAGCCACAUCUUCACCAACAGGUUGUGCACCAUAAUGGUCACGUUCAUUUCCAAUAUUCAAAGUGCACCGGGCGGAAGAAAGCGCUCUGUAUUGGAAUCAAUUACAAAGGCCAACGAAAAGAGCUUCGAGGGUGCAUCAACGAUGUACGCAAUGUGAAGCGGUUUUUGACAUCCAAGUGGAACUACAAAGAGGGCGAUAUUGUGACGUUGGUCGAUGAUGCCACCACUUCGAGGCAGAUUCCAACAAGGCGAAACAUUCUGGAUGCAAUGCGUUGGCUUGUGAAGGACGCCCAGCCCCAUGAUGCGCUAUUUUUCCACUACUCGGGCCACGGGGGACAGGUUCCAGAUCAAGAUGGGGAUGAAGUUGAUGGACUUGAUGAAGUGAUAUACCCUGUCGACUACAAGAAGGCCGGAAUAAUUGUUGAUGACGAAAUGCACCGCAUUAUGGUGAAAUCGUUGCCAACUGGCUGUCGUCUGACCGUAAGUCUGAACUCUUGUCACUCAGGAACUGCACUGGAUUUGCCAUACGUUUACCAUCCUAAUGGACGCCUCAAGGGAAGUCCCGUAACUCCUCAGGCUCAAGCACAGAAGGCCACAAGUGCCGACGUUAUAUCAUUCGCUAGCUGUCGCGAUGAUCAAACAAGUGCUGAUACGACACAGAGUGGUAUAGCCGUUGGGGCUAUGAGCUACGCCUUUGUUACGUCUCUAGCAAGGAAGCCAGUACAAAGCUAUCAAGAACUGCUUAAGUCUGUUAGGGACAUUCUGAAACAGGACUAUAAACAGAAACCACAACUGUCGAGCUCGCAUCCGAUCGAUACUAAUCUACGCUUCAUCAUCUAGCGUUGGACGUUGUGCUGCGAUAUUCGUUUACAAUUUAUAUGAUAUUGACUAAUUUAUUGGUGUAAUACUACAUAUGUAUCAGCCUUGGUCUCUCGUUAACAAGUGUAUGUCUAACUUCUAGCAGUGAAAAUGCACAAAAUGGAGUCGGGUCUACUUUGGACUUUCCUCUUAUGUUCCACCUUGAAUAUCAAUAUCGUUUUUGCUUGGCUCUCUCGCGUCUACAGUAUUUCCAGCAAUCAAACAAGCUGUC